AUGGGCGACUAUGGACUUGGGACGCCGAGUCAGGCGGCGGCGGGAGGAGGAGGAGGAGCGGGACAGAGUAGGAGGAGCCGCGACGAUCAUGGGGUUGUUGAAGUCCAGUGGGGACGGGAGAAACUCCGCGUCCCCCUUCCCCCUCCCAACUCGCCCCUCUCAACCCUCCGCGCAACCCUCUACAACCAGACCGGCGUUCCCCCCUCUCACCAAAAACUCAUCUACGCCGGCGCAGUCCUCAAAGACGACCUCCUACCUCUCUCGGCCUACGGACUGACAGACGACGACGAGCCUGCGGGUACUGAGGAUGCCGAGGAGGGGAAGAAGAGCUUCUGGGAUUCGUGGGCGCUUAUGGGACGCGGAGGGGCGAAGAAGAAGGUCAAGAAGUUGGUCAUGCUCGGGUCGAAGGACGUCUCGGCUCGCGUGGAUGACCGGCUCUCGCAGCGCAAGGACCUCGCGGACCUCGCUGCCCAGUCCUCGUCGACCUCCUCCGGCGAGGGAGGUUCGGGCGGGGCGGAGGAGAAGAAGGUCGAUUCGGAGGAGGCGGUCCAGCGUCGGAUCCGCGAGAUCUCGACGCAGAAACUAGACGAACUCGAGCCGCAAGUCAAGCAAGUCGAGUCCUGGCUCGCGCAGGAACAAACUCGUCGCUCCACCUCCCCCUCUGCCUCGGCUGAAGACCCCGACGCCCCAGCCCCCCCGCGCCGAACGCUCCUCUACCUCUCGGAAGUCCUCCUACAGGGCUUGCUCAAACUCGACUCGAUUGAGAUUCCGAGCGGGUAUGCCGAGGCGAGGAGGGAGAGGAAGGAGGCGGUGAGGCGUGUCCAGGAGGUGUUGGAUCGAGUUGACAGCGCCAAGGAGGGGUGGAAGAAGUUGGGACUGAGCUUGGCGUGA